CAGGCGCCGCACGGCCCCGCCCACCGUCUCCAGGACGCGGGCUCGCGUAGGGGCGCUUUCCGCCGGGAGUCUGCAGCCACGGGUCCGCGUCCCCGCGUCCCCGCCCCAGCCGUGGAGGAGCCCGGCCCUGGUGCAGCAUCUUAUGAAUGGUUUUUACUUAAUUAGCCAUUGAUAUCUCAACAAGCAUGGAGAUAAGAUUAGAAGUUUUGACAUCAACAAGUAUCAAGCAGAAAAAACCCUGGCCUAGAAUUUCCUGGUUGGGACAGGAAAAUGAAGCUGUUUUUCUUUUGGAUGGUAAAUUCAUAAAUGAGAUUAAUUUGCUGUCAGGAAGAACAAAGAAGAUUCCUAGUCUGCAGACUUUUUUGAAGAAUGUUUUUGUCCUGACAACAUCCAGUAAUGAUGCCUGGUUGGCUGGGGUACUCACCACUGGGGAGCUUUUCCUUUGGAACAAAGAUCAAGAUUGUUUGAAAACUCUACAAGUAACUGAACAGCCUAAGGAAAUGAUAAAAGCCUCUGUAGGAAGCUCUUCAAGACUACACUUGUAUGUUUCUGGAAAUGGAAAAAGAGUUCUGCUUAUAGCACCUUCUGGAUGUGUAUUUCUUUGGGAAUAUUUGGAAUUAAAGAAUAUUGUAUCUUCAAAAAGCCUCGUAUUGGUGGGUCAGUGGUCCCAGAUCAUACCUGAAGAAGCAGUUCUUUUGCCUUCCACUGAUGACAAAGAAGCUGUAGUGAAUGCUGUUUUUGUAGAAAAUGAGUUAUUUGGUGACUGCUGCCUGUGUUCAUUUACAUUUUAUUCUGGGGAAUGCCUGAAGUUAACGUUUCUAGCAAUUCGGUGGCAUGAGAAUGUAUUUACCCCUUUAAGGUCAUUGCCCUACCAUGUUCAUUGGGCACAACAGGAUUGUCUUCUGAGUAGUCUGAUUCCCACAUGUGAAUCCAUAAAGUCAAGAGGAGCACUAAUUUCUGCAUUUUCAAGAGAUGGCCUCACCCUAGCAGUAACUCUUAAUCAGACAGACCCAAAGGCAACUCAGGUAUUAUUUAUAAACACAGUGAAUUUUGUUACUCUCUGUGGUAGCCUUAAAGGAUGUAGUAAUAAGAAUCCUGUGGUUCCAGCUACACUUGUCAGGUCCUAUUGGGUAGGUGAUGUCAGCUGGACGCAUGAUAGUCUUUUCCUGGCUUGUGUGUUAAAACGUGGUUCCCUGCUGUUAUUGACCUGCCAAGGUGAAUUGCUAACAUUAAUUACAUUUGGUUGCUCUAUUGAAUUUGGGCCAGCAGAAUUUAUUCCUCUUCAUCCACUAAUAACAUAUAGACCACAGCACUUUACAUUUCAAGAUUCAAAUAAUACUGUAGAUUCAUCAGCUUCUGAUAGUGACCCUAUGAGACAGAGGUUUUCUAUAAAAGCACACUCACGGUUACCCUACUUCAUUAUUUCUGAUGGAUACAUGAUCACAACUCUUCGAUUUCUUGAUAACCUGUCUCCUUCAGUGCUCAUGAGAUCACUUCUACUUGAUUCAACCCAGAGGCUUGAGAAAACAUACCAAAGUGUGAUGUUGUCUAAGCCAAAAGGCAAAGGAUUGAACUUGCAAUCACUGGAUUCCCUAAGGUCUAGCCUGUUAAAACAGCAAGGAAAUGAAAGUUCAGCUGAUUCUACUGUCCCCAAGUUUUUGCAAACAGAAGAAACAAUAAAGUUAAGUGAAAAAACAGAUUUUCAGGACUUUGAAGCAGAAGAAACUAAUGAAGGCAAAUACUUUCCAAACACCUUAUUUCCUUUUUGGAGCCAAAAAAGUGAUCCUCUGUUUAUCAGUGCCAAGGAGGGAAGAUUGGAAUUUGCAUCUAUGUUUGAUACAAUACAUGCAAAGGAUGAUAUUAAGGAGACAGACAAAACCAUUACAGAACUGCAUUCUAUUCAGAAAAAUCUUCUUGCAGCAUGGACUGUAGGAAUUUCAAAAAAUGUGAUAGAAAAAAGUUUAAUGUUAAAUUAUACAGUAGUUUGUAUCACCCAUUUUUUCUACAUUCUUCAGUUUGUAAAGUGUCCUUUCCCAAAACUUAGUAUUUUUUUAAGCAAGAUUCCAAAACAUAAUUCAUGGGUACUUUGUAUCUUCCAGCUUUUUCAUCAGUGUUUAUCCACCCAGUAUUGGGAUAUGAGAUAUAGGCAAGACGUGAGACAUUUGAUAAAACUGACCUCAAAUACUAUAAAGCUUUUGCUGACUCAGCAACAAAAGGGUCACUUACUCUCAGAGAAACUUUUUGCCUGCUUUUAUUUACUCAGAAUGGUAGCUGACAAUUUAGAUGGCAUAUAUCAGCUUCAACCUGAAGUUAUUUCAGCAUCAGCUGAUGGAAGUAGAACAACAGAUCAAGAUUCAUUGGUGGUAUCUAUUUUUCAAAUGUUUCAAGACAGUAGUUCUCAGGAAAACUGGUCUUGGAAGUCAUCUUUCAAGAUUCAUCCUCAAGUAACAAAUCUUGUUCAACAACCAAGUCACAGAUUGAUUGCUCUCUGGAGAAUAUUGUACAAAAAAACUUUAUGGUAUCAAGCACAGUUAAGUCGAAGAAUUCCUGAAGGUGACGGACAGUUAAUUGAAAAUAUAGCAAAUGAAGCAUCUACUGUCAAAUCCUUGUUAUGUCAUAUACAGGCUAAUUUACAGACUGCUGGAGAUCACUUGAACCAGGCCCUAGAACUUACAUCAAUCCAUGGUGAAGAAUGUUUUCUGUUAGGAUCAUAUGAAAAGUCUAUUCAACUGUGGAAGAAAGCUCUAGAAGAAACCCAAGAGACAGGAGGAAGAAGGACCUGUUUUUUUCAGAUACGCUAUUAUCUAUCUCUAUUAUACUGCUACCUUUAUAGCUAUAAUUUAAAUGAUGCUCAAGGAUUAUGUGAUCAGCUAGUAAGAGAAAUACUGAGAUGGUCCCAACUAACUGUUAAAGAAAAUGAAGAUUGUUCAGACCCUAACCAGUCUGGCUGUGAGUCUGUGUUGUCUGGACAUGUCUAUCCUGAGGCUGCACUAAGAGUCAUCCAGGCCAUGGCUCGGUUCAUGGCUGCCUACUUCACCAAUCAGCUGCUUUGUAUUUUUCCUCCUCACAGUGUGAAUGUUCUUCCUCCACUUCAUAUUAAAACAGAGCAGUCUCUUCGACUUAUUCCUCUGCAACACUCCAAGGUGGCCAGUAUUGUUAGAGACCAGAAUCUUUCUAAUGUGUGGACAGUUGAAUAUGCCCUGGAAUUAUUGUUCAUUGGUGGCUUGGUUACAGAGGCUAUAUGGUUAGCAUAUAAACUUGGAGACUGGAAGACAUCUGUUGCAAUUGGCGUGGCCUUCCAACUCUUCUAUAAACAUGAUAGCAGUUUUGUGAGGUCCAAAAAAAAGUGUCCGAAGCUACCAUUAAAUAUGACUCCAGCUCACAUUUUUCAGAAAAAAUUGCAGUGUUUUUUAGGUCAACCAACCUCUUUGGAAGGAAAACAGGAAAUGGGCUCAAAAUAUAAACAAUUCACAGUAGAUCCCAUUGAAGAGGAAGAUGCAAAUCUGCUAUUUGGUUCAGUACAAGAAGUCCUGAAAGCAUCAGUUAUGGCUGAUGCAGAUAUUCUUUCAGACACUUUACAGCAUCUGAUAGAUUCUGCCAAGGACUUCAGUAAGAGACUGUGGGGCUUAGUGCCUGCCGGCUUGUAUCUUCCAGCUCCUCCAUUAUAUUGUCCCCAGCCAGCUAUUCUCAGUCAAGAAGAUGGAGAUGAUCUUUUUGUAAAAGCUGAAAAAGACAAUCGCCAAAAGGUGUCUGGAAUACUUCAGAGAGUUCUCUUGCUCUUCAGGGCAUCUCGGUGUUCUUUUCCUGUAGCACAGUGGUACAUUUUGCAGCUGAGGAGGGCAAGAAAAAUCAUGCAGAAGAUUCGAAUGAAAGGUUCUCUUCCAUCACUGAAUCCUUUUCCCCAGUCCUUACUUAACUACUGUAAAGGAGGAGUAGCAUUCUUCAGACCUGGAGCAACUGGAGACCACAAGCUUGAUGAAGUUUCCAUUAGAGCAAUUGGUUGCUUCAGAGAACUUUGUGCUUUGUGCUGGGUGCUACAUAUCCGUGAUAAAUUAUCCUAUAGUUGUAGGCAAUAUCAGAAAGCAAGAGAAAAUGUGAUGGGAGAAAAGGACUUUGAAGAGGAGUUUGAUUCCUGUAUGGUUGAGCAUUGUCUCAGUGCACUGGAAUGGGCUUAUAGAAUGCUACCUUUCUCUCGGUUUUUUAAUAUUGAAGAACUUAUUCAGGAUAUAAUUUUGAGCCUUAUUGGAGAAUUGCCACCAAUCAGAAAGGUGGCAGAAAUAUUUGUGAACGCAUUUCCGAAUCCCGAGGAAAUAAGAGUUCCUUUAAGAGAAAAGUAUCACUGUCUUCGACAGAGACUCAGACACUGUGUUGUAAAAGGUCCCCAGACUGAGGAAAUGAUGUCUGUUGUCAUGCAUUCUAUCCAUAAAGUGAGGGUAAAAGCUCUAAAACGUGUGCGGAGAAAUAUAGGUUCUUUUGAGAUGAAUGUAUGGGAACCAAUUGAAGAAGAAAAACCAGAUGAGAUUGUGGGUUUGGAUAGGUUUUCUCUGGGGACUAGCCUGAGCAGAAGCACCCUCACAGAACUGGGAAAUUCUAUGAUCCAUAGUGAAGGAGAUACAGCUGAUACAUUCUCUGAAGCUUUGUCGGCUGAAGAAAAAACUAGGAUACCUUUCUGUCAAAGAAACUCCCCAGAUAACAUGGAAUUAACACUGAUUCAUAAGCCCAGUGAUAGAAAGAAAAUAUGUAAUCAGAGCAAAAACCCUAAAAGGAAAGAAGAUCAUGGAAAGCUAUCACAAAGUACACUUCCUGUAAUAGGUGUUUGGGAAUUUGAGCGUGAUGAUGAUGAAUAUAUUAAAUUCCUUGAUCUUUUCUUGAGUUACGUUCUUGAAAGAGACCUUCUCAGUUCCAGAGAUCCUGGCAUUCCAUUUUUAACCAGCUUUUCUGUACAACUUAGAGAACAUGAGCUUAAUUCUUUACUUUUUGAUGUACAUACAACAUUAAAACGACGUCAGGGCAAAACUAAAAGUCAGAAUGUGUUUAGAGCUGGCUCUUGCUUUGUUGUUGCUCCUGAGUCACCUGAAUCUGGAAAAGGAUCCUCUGUAAGUGAUGGAUAUGCCAUAACUUUAGAAAACCACGCACUUUCGGCUUCAGAACUUGUUAGUCACGGGAUGAGACCUUUUUUAGAGAACCCUUUGUAUGACAUCAGUAAAGAUGAAGGAAAGAGUGGAUUGUUUGGUUUAAGAAAAAAGUCAAUUUACAGAAUUCAAGAUGGUAAUCGAGAGAAACCUCUGAACCAGAGACCAUCAAACCAUAGUUUUUGGUCUUCCAAGACCACUAUACCUAGAAGACACAGUUUCAAAGCAGUUCAGUGCAAUGAUAUUAACCCUCAGGAGGAUCUCCCUUUGACAGUAAAGAAUGCAUUUGGCAGUAUAGGAAGACUGUUGGAGUGGAUGAUAAGGUGGUCUGAUCGAAGAUUGCUCUGUGAUUCUGGUAUCACUUGGUCACCCUGUGAGUACAGUCCAGUAAUUCGUGUGAAGACUUCUGCAGCUGCCAUUCUUACCUCAUUAUGGCUUUUGGAGCAACCCUAUUAUUUUUCUACAUCUAAGGCAAAAAAUGCCAUUAUUAAGUCUCAGACCAGAAGAGUACGAAGAACCUCACCUGGAAAGGAGCUAGAGAAUCAUACUAAGUCUCAAAUUGGAUGCAGUAUGGAGAGGAGGAGGAGCAAAAUUGAUGCUGGCUGUUUAGCUGUAGUAGCAACUCAAGGUGGAACUGAGGAAAGAGAUGAUCAGAAUGAAUUUUGUCAAAGUAUCUUGAAUGGAAAGCUGACUGAAGCAGAAAAUCCUAAAGUAAAAGAAGUCAAUGAUGAGAUUAUUUCCAUCAGUCAUAAUUCUGAAAAAGAAUUUAUAGAUUCCAGUGAGAAUCUUUUAGAAGUAGAAACAUUUACACAGGAUGAAAUGGAUAUGCAUAUGUCAAACUGUGAAGAAGAAUCUGUUGGAGGUCUCAAAAGUCCCAAUAUUGCCAUUUACAUGCCAGCUUUACCACAGCAAUUGGAAGAGCAUCUGACAGAAGAGGUUUUGUGUCCAAGGGAAGAACCAUGGGAGGCUAAUAUGAAAGAAAAAUCAGUUGAACAGAAAGGUAUGACUGAAGCCUUUUCAAAUCCUGAACAUGCUGUUUCUCACUCAUUUUGUAUAGAUACAAAUUCAGAAAUUUCUAGUGUACAGAUUUCUGCAUUUAAAGGUAAAUCUCCUUCAUUUCUGCCCCUGGUAUCAACUGGAGUCAAUGUUGCUUCAGAAACACCUGUUCCAUCACCUGGGGCGACCCAGAGAAGUGAACACAGGGCUCAAUUACCAGAUUCUUCAGAUUCUGUUAGACAAAUGCUCCAAGAUGAAAUGUUUAAAUUAGUUCAGCUGCAACAGAUCAACUUCAUUAGUUUAAUGCAAAUAGUAGGAUCAUCUUUUGCUAACCUCCCAGAUGUGCAUCAACUUCUACAGCAGACUCAGAUUGAACGUUUGGGAACAAGCCAGGUUUCAAACCCUACAGGAGGGAGUGAUGAUGUUGAAGUCAACAGAAGUAGGAAUCUUAGUCAGAAAAUUUUCAUUAAACCACAAUCCAUGGGAGAGUACACCACGGAGCCUGGCAAGAAUAACUCACAUGGCCAUGAAGGAAUUAUCCAUUCUGAUCAGAAUAAUAAUGGAAAUCUUCAGAAUGUUCCCCAUGGGAGUGUAUCUUCAUGUCAAGUAGAUGGCCAAUCUCAGAAGACAGGACUCACCCCAGCAUCUCAAAGCUUAGCACCCCCUUCAUUUUCCUUAACUCCUGCUGGAAAUACUCCCUUCCAUCUUUUGUCCACGCCUUCUAAUGUCUGGAAGACACCUAGACUUAUCCCACCUGCCAAAACGUCCAGUCCUGAUUCUGGCUUUCCUUUGCUUCAGUUUGAGCAUAAACAUGAAUUCAAGCCCCUUUCUUUACAAGCAGAAAGAGUACCACACAUUCCCUUUCGGCCUCUGGCCCAGCCAAGAGAGGCUUGGGGCUUCCAGCCUCCUGUACCACAGGGAAAAAUACCCGCUACCUCAGGAUCCCACUCAAACUCAAGCCACUGCAGUACUGAAACCAUAAACAAAGCAACUGAGCAGAAGAAAUGGGCAGAAACUGUAAUUACAGACAUUCCUAUGAAAGUGAACUUCAGUCAGUAUAUUGGAGAAGAAAACUUGACAUCUCAACAGGACUCUGUAAUAUUAAUAAAGCCAGAAAAACUCUAUGAUGCUAAGCAAGGGUCCCUUAAGAUAUCUCCUGAGAAUUCCUUUGGACUUCCAUUGUUGCACCUGCAAUUUAAGUCUCCUUAUAUAUUUUCAUCAGCCACAAGAGCACCAAUUACAGUUCCCCCAAGACAUAUUAGAACUGUAGCAGAAGAGAGAAAAUACCCACAACUAUCAUUAUUGCAAUCAUGUUUGUCCUCGGAAAAUAUGUGCAAGAAACCGCAGCUUAUCCCACUUGAAAACCUCAUUACAUUUAAACAAAGCCAGCAGAAACUAACACAUCAUUUAUUGCAACAAGGGGAUUCUGGUUGCCUUCAGCUUCUCAAUAUCAAAGUAGAACCAUCUGGAAUAAGACAAGGAAAGAACAGUCACAAAAGGCAAAAAAGACGAACUGAGAAAGAGCUGCAAGAAAAAAGAUGCGAAAAACUGAGGACAAAAACAAGUGAACAAGAACAUCAUGUUUCUCAGCCUUUGGAUGAUUUCAGCAUUCCUCUUGAAAUGCUUAAAGACGAUGUUAAUACUUCUGCGGGAUUGCACUUCAUGGCUUCUGUACAAAAGAAAGUUAUAGGAAGUCAGGAUGCAAGCACAAAUACAGAACCAGAUAAGGAAGUUGCUUCUCAAGAAGUUGUUUCUGAAUGUGAUAAAAAUCAGCAAAUCAUUUCUUCCACCUCAGAAUAUGAACCUGUAACUGUUCCUCAGCUGUUGGUUCCAGAUGUACAUCUCAAUGUUGAACUUCCUACUAAAAUAUCAGAGAAAUCUUUGUCUCCUUCAGCACCUGAUAUGGUUGGACACACUUUUAUAAAUGUGGUUGACAUUGAAGCUGAUGAUCUACAGGAAUUACCUGUCACAGCAGAGCCUUCAAAUGAGAAUGUUACCAAACAGCAAAGUGAUCAUCUGGAGGUCCCAUCAUCGGCAGAGUUACAUUAUCUGGCAGCUUCAGUUACCAGUGCUUUUCCCCCACACAAUUGUAAAAGUCAAGAAGCUGCCAGUUCUCCUGUGAAUAUAUUUUCUGAGCCUCCAAGAGUGACUCCAGCCUGUCUAGAUGAAAAAACCUGGAGAGCAGACUUUACAGAAGUGAAGGAACCUCGGAUCUCCUCAGUGACUCCAUUAGAAAGUCAGCAGGACCAAGGUUCCACGGCUGUUGGAAUUCUGGACCCUGCUUUGUUGCAAGAUGCAGGUUCAUUGUCUGUCAACAGUGGGCACUCAAGAGAUCUACCAAGACCAAGAUUCCAGUUCCAAGAACAGAGCACAAAGUCAGACUCUGCAGAAAAUUAUCUGCUGUGGAAAGUGCUGCAGGAUGACCCUGCAGCUCGCCGUACUGCAGUUCGCCCUGUGCCAAGCCCUGCAGCUUGCCGACUAGAGUUUCUCACCGCUAAGCUUCAGAAAAUUGAUGAACAGCUGUUAGCAAUUCAGAACAUUGCCGACAACAUAGAGCAGGAUUUCCCCAGACCUGAAAUGCUAAGUUUACUUCAUGAAAAGGUUGGAUUGAUGGAUCAUGUUGAAUCGUCUUCUGGCCCUGAAUACAAAAAACCGGUAGCUUCAAAAGCCAUCAGCAUUUCUGAAGAAGUGAAUUUCCUGACUCGUAUGGAUGAGGAAGAUAGAAGUGACAAAGAUGAGACUUCAGAAGCUGCAUUUUCAGUAAUGGAAAAUCAUUCUAGUCCAAAAACUUCUGUGUUCCUUUCUGCUGAUUCAGCUGUCAGUCUUUCCAUUGACCAGAACACUCCUUCACCUGGUGUGAAUAACCGUGAUGAAUUAUUUGAAAGUAUUUCAGUAGAUCCACUCCAGAUGGCUGGAUUGACUGACAUUGCAGACAUUAUCAAUGAUCUUAUAACUAGAGGCGGAGUUUCCAGUAAAGAGCUUGGUUUAACAGAACAACAAGCAAGGAGUAUCUCCAGGAUUCAGCAUUCUUCUGGCAGAUGUCCACAAAGAACUGAGAAGGAGAGAAGAGAGAUUCGAGCCUGGAUGAAAAGAAAACGAAAAGAAAGAAUGGCAGAGUACUUAAAUCAGCUGGCAGAAAAGAGAGGGCAAGAACAUGAUCCCUUCUGUGCCAGAAGCAAUCCAUUUUACAUGACUUCAAAGGAAAUCAGGCUGAGACAAAAGAUGAAGCAUGAGAAAGAUAGGGUGCUGCUCUCUGACCACUACAGUCGGCGAAUCACACAAGCAUACAGUCUGAUGAAUGAACUGUUAUCAGAAUCAGUACAACUGCCAGUAACUGCACAGAAACCAUCUCCUAACAAACCCAGCACUGCUUGGCAUUCGGGACAGCAGUGCUGCCCUUCUCCAAGGAGAGAGUAUCACCAUGGACAUAAUUUUCUGAUAAAUCAACCUGGAAAAGUCAAAUGUAUUUCAAAAUCAAGUCAUACCCAUAAAGGGAAAACACUUGAACCAUCUCAAGAUUCACAUUGGCGAUGUGGAGCUGCCAAUUUCCCCAUAGAGAAAAGAGCUGGUGGAGCCAAAGAGGCACUAAGAAAGGCUGUGCAGUCUCCAGUUACCUUCCCAACAGAGAAAGAGUGUAUUUGCUGGCCUGAUUUCCGCUAUUGGGUUUCUUCACCUUGGAAAGCUUUUACUGACACAUAUAGACCAAAAGUGAAGGAACAGAAGAAGACACUCUAUGCAAAUGAUUUGAUAUCCCGAAUAAAUCCUAGAGAAACUCAUUAUGAUCUGAAGAGAAGGAAAUUACAGAGCCAUCCAUGGGUAAUGCAAGGCUCUCAUGCUCCAUGUCUGCAGCAUACAAAAAAACAUAGAAGUGCUGGGCUUGCACCUCAGACAACGCAGGUGCGUAUAGAAUACGAGAGAGAGGAGACCAUGACGAGUCCCUGGACGUUACCUCCUGAAAUCCACCGAAUUCUUCAUGAGACUCCUGGUUCCCUUUUGCAGGACUUGUCACAGGAAGAGCCUGAGCCUCAUUUUGGGGUGGCUGGCAUGCACAGCAUGUCUGAGAGCACUGGCAGCAUCCUCAGCAAUCUUGACUGGAAUGCCAUUGAAGAUAUGGUGGCCAGUGUGGAGGAAAAGAACCUGUCCGUCCGCUGGGCCAUGGGCCUGUAAAGUCUGGACAUCAUUCUGUUUCCAAGCACCAGCAAGCAACUCAUUAAAGUGCUUCUGAAAGAUUUGGGGGUUUAGGAGAGGAACAAUGAAGGAAGCAAACUGAAUUUACCACCUACAGCCAUAUUAUCUCCUGGAUUAGUCAUUUCAAGAGGGAAAAUAAACAUUUCUCAAUAAUUUUGUCUUCAUAAGGGCUUUUUAUAAUAGAUGUGCUAAGUCUUUGCAUUUGGCUUAUGUUUAGGCAUCAUUUAAAAACACAUAAGAACCCUUUCAAGCCAUGUUUGCAUAAUAAACUACUUUCAGUAAAAAUA